GACUUCACGGUUGCCAUGGAGACGGUGACAGCCUGGGCCUGGGGUCCCCUGAGCUUCCUCACCUUCCUCGCCCUCCUGCGGCAGCACCCGGCCCGCUACAUCCUGCAGCUCGUGGUGUCCCUGGGCCAGCUGUACGGUGACAUCCUGUACUUCGCCACGGAGGCGCGGGCGGGCUGGGCUCACAGCGACCCCCACCCCUUUUAUUUCUGGGGUUACUUCGUGGGGCUCAACGGGCUCUGG